UAAAAUCUAAAUCAUCUUAUAGUUAAAUUAAAAACCAGAGGGUAGCUAUAUAGCUAUGAGUAAUAGUAGCUUGGAAUGCAAGGUAUUCACUGAAGAGCAAGAAGCUCUGGUGGUUGAGUCAUGGAAGAUUAUGAAGAAGAAUUCUGCUGAUUUGGGCCUUAAAUUCUUCUUGAAGAUAUUUGAGAUUGCACCAUCAGCAAAAAAGUUGUUCCCGUUCUUGAAGGAUUCGGAUGUUCCUGUUGAGCAGAAUCCAAAGCUCAAGCCCCAUGCCAUGUCUGUUUUUAUCAUGACUUGUGAAUCAGCAGUCCAAUUAAGAAAAGCCGGGAAAGUGACGGUGAGAGAAUCCAGCUUAAAAAAAUUGGGAGCCAUCCACUUUAAGUAUGGUGUUGUUGAUGAACAUUUUGAGGUAACAAAAUUUGCAUUAUUGGAGACCAUAAAAGAAGCUGUGGCAGAAAUAUGGUCACCAAAUAUGAAGAAAGCAUGGGGUGAAGCUUAUGAUCAGUUGGUUGCUGCUAUUGUGUCAGAAAUGAAGGCCACUUCUUAGAUUUUUUUUUUGGUAUGAAUUGUGUGCAUAUGUAUGCCAACUGCCUAGUGAUUGUAAUAAGUAUUUUAAUUAGGCUAAACUCGUUCUACAAUCUUUAAGUAAGACUAUUGAAAUUUAUCUUAUUUA